UAGUGCUGUGGGGCGAUAUCCCCGUUGAAGAGCAGAACGGUCUGAUAGAGGGGUACAAGGUGUGCUACGCCGCGAUCGUGCCCCCGCCGAGGCCGGAGCACCACAAGGUGGAGUGCCAGGCCAUACCCUCCAACCAGACCCACACGGUGACCCUCACCGAGCUGAGGAAGUACGUCGUCUACCAGAUACAGGUGCUCGGGUACACCAGGCUCGGAGAUGGGGCUCUCAGUGACCCGCCCGUCACUGUCAGGACGUUCGAAGACACGCCGGGUCCGCCGUCCAACGUGUCGUUUCCUGACGUGACGUUCACGAUGGCGCGCAUCAUCUGGGACGUGCCGGAGGACCCCAACGGCGAGAUCCUCGCCUACAAAGUCACUUAUCACCUCAACAGUUCCACACAACACAUGUUCUCCAAAGAAUUUCUACCCUCCGACAGAACAUUUAGAGCAACGGAGUUGCUGCAAGAGCGGUACUACCUGUUCUCGGUGACGGCGCAGACGCGGCUGGGCUGGGGCGGCACGGCGCGCGCGCUCGUGCUGACCACCGCCAACCGCGCCGCGCCCGCGCCGCCCGCGCGCCCCAACCUGCAGCGCUCGCUGCUGCAGCCGCACCACAUCACCUUCUCCUGGACGCCCGGCGACGACGGAUACGCCCCUCUCCGGUACUGCACAUACCUGGCAACUAUAUGUUCGUUCUUGGCGAUGGAACAAGUCCUAUUCCUCUUGGGCCAUUCUCUUGACCUCCUGAUACGACUCGACGCCCACUUUCUGUGCUAUCUUUAGAAAAACUAAAAAAAAAAAC